CAGUCCCUCCGCGGGGGACAAAAACCCAUGUGCCUCUCUUGAGGGCACUGAAACGUGAUUGGUCACUUUCCUGAUUACGUGGACGAACGCGGAAGUUAGCCGUCCGUCCGUGUGAUGUGAUGUGAACAAAAUGAUCGCAGAUCUGCUGAUAUUCGGGACCUUACUGGUGAAUGCAGGGGCCGUGCUGAACUUUAAGCUCAAAAGGAAGGAGUCCCAGGGGUUUGGAGAUGAGUCCAGAGCACCAACAACAGGUGACAACAUCAGAGAGUUUCUGCUCAGCCUGCGAUACUUCCGGAUCUUCAUCGCUCUGUGGAACAUCUUCAUCAUGUUCUGCAUGAUCCUAUUGUUUGGAUCAUGAUCCAUGUUUGUGGCGACUGGACUUCCACCAGGAUGCUGUUUUUCUAAGAUGGAUGCUAUAAACCUCUCCUCAAUAGGACUUUGCUGUUCUUUUGGUGCUUUUAACUGUAAUUAUGCUCAAUUUUCUUUACGAUCCCAAACCAUAAAUCUACUUUCGGCUGUACAGGAAUUUAUGAAUCACUGUAUUUAUUUUGUCUUGCAAAGUUGUUACAUUUUGUCCCUUCUUCUUUUUGUUAAAGCUGUAACUGCACCAGCACCCCUGCCUUCGCUGGAUAUGUGUUGUCUUGUGCCCCUGUGCUUCUUUAUAGAACACGAGCUUUGUUUCUCCAGCAUGUCAGUUUGCUUAUUAAAGAAACACCAGGGUUGAAAAUGAUGGACAGCGCUCACUAACAGGAUAGAAAAUGUUUUUUCUGUGUCAUUCAAAGGUCCUGCUCAGCCCUAAAACCUCACAUGUCACCUUGUUUAAACUUCCUUUCAUCUGUUUUACUUGUGCAGCUGCUAGAGUUCAGCUGAAUUCAUCAGACAAGUCAAAAUGGUCGCUAUCGCUUCAUGAACUCUUCUCCUCUGUUAGAACAAUAUUUUAAUUCAGCCUCUCAGAUGAAAACGAAAUGACAUUUUCCUUUCAUCUGGGGCACGUGCUGUAAGUAAAUGUAUAUUUACUAUAAUGUAAAUGUGUCCUUAUUCUUAACAAUAAAAAUACAGUUUUCUUA